AUGCCGAAUCCCCCAAAGUACCCAGCCGACCCGGAGGCGUCAAUGAUACUGCCCAAACAACGCGCAUCGCCGGCUUCCUCUCUCGCCAGUCUCCCGUAUCGCCGUUCAAAUCCAAGCCUCUCCAAGCUGUUCGAGUCUACUACCAGCAUAUCUACGUCGCGCCCCAACUCGGGCACCGCAACCCCCACCCAGAGCACGGUACAAGGCUCGGUAUUCUCACCGGGAUCAAGAUUGAGUGGAACAGGGACGCCCAACAGCCUACCAUCGGGAGUAUCGGACGAGUACCGGACGCUCAUACAGCAGGCGUUUGUGCCAUGUGUGGCUGUCUUAGCGGACGCGCAGACGGAGGAGCUGAUACGGGGGAAGGGUUUGGAGGGUGGACUGCUACAACUGCUGCGGCCAUUCGGAGAGUCAGUUCCCGGCAAAGUCACAAUACGAGAUAGCAACGGGGCAAGCAAGAGCUGGGAGGAUUUUGGUGUGCGCUUCAUAGGCGUAGAUGAUGCAUAUCCGGAUUUGCGCGUUGACACGGGUGGUCAGCGGACAUCCUCGAGCUCCACACGGCCACCACGACGGGCAGGAGGUGAUGUGUCACAAAUCGAAGAACUAGUCGACCGGCAUCUGCAGUACUCCGAGUUCAACAGACAAUCUCCCGUGUCAGACUAUAUGAACAGGGGCGACGCAACAGCCACACAAACAGAUGGCACCGCUUCACCGUUCCAUACUCUAUACCUACGCCGGCUACUAUCAGGACUACCGGUGGUACCUCACGAGACAUUCUCCCACCCUGUGGCUGGCAUCAUAGCCAUCUCGUCACGAAAUCCACACCCUAUAGAAGAGCUGCGGAGACUUUACAACCGGCAGCAUGAUGGCGAUCUUCGUUUUCCGCAAUGGGUUGAAAACGACUUCUUACGAUAUUAUGUCUUGAUCCAUGAUGAGGAGACAGGGGAUAUCGCCAAAUCUAAUCAAACAUUCGAUUCGAUGAAGCGACAUUUUGGUCUACAUUGCCAUCUACUGCGACUCAAGAGUCAGCAAUGCAUAGCUUCAGACGACGACAGUGUACGGUUACCGACCUGUGAAUGGAUGUCUGCAGGGGAGGAGCUCGCAGAGAUCCAGAGAAGAGAAACCACAGACGAUAUAACAGAUCCAACGCCCUACUUCCCCGACUCCGACAUCAGCAGCUUACGCACCUUCAUCCGCGAACUAGUCACGCAGUCUAUAAUACCCAACAUGGAGCGCAGCGUCUCUACCUGGAAUGAGCAGAUCCUUUCCCGACGUCGCGGUUUGUCAGGCCGCUUCAUGUCUUUAUCAAAACGCUGGACGCCCUUUGGUGGCUCACGAACCUCAGGAUCAUCCUCCACUGCAUCGGGAAACUCCAACUACGACAGCCUACAAGGCUUUUACCGCCCUGACGCCCCCGAAGCCAUUAUGCGGCGGCUAGCAGAUUACUGCUUCAUGCUGCGUGACUGGAAACUCGCAUUGAGUACAUACGAUAUCUUAAGAACAGACUUCCAAAACGACAAAGCCUGGCGACAUUACGCUGGCGCCGCUGAAAUGGCCGCCUUAUCCGCUCUCAUGGCACCUACACCACUAUCAUCUAAGAACCGCGCAGAGAACAUCGAUGCGUGGAUAGAAGCUGCAUCGUAUUCUUACACUGACCGCCAGCGUAGCGCGGCACCCUACUAUGCUCUCCGCACUCUCGCUCUCAGCUUCGAACUCUUGCGCCUCCGUGGCUCCUCAGCCGCAGACGAUGCCGCACGCUGGGCAACCCGCAUUCUCGAAACGGGUCUUGUAGGCGCGAUAGGCCACGCCCUCAUCACCGAACGCAUCUCAGCCUGCUACGCAGUACGCACAGGCGUGGGCAUGUACAAACUAGGCAAUAGACGCAGGAAAGCGGCGCUCUGGGCUGUCCUCGCAAGCGAGAACUGGUACAGACUAGACAAGUCACAGCAAGCUGAACGCGCCCUCGAUACUGCACUCAGGCUGUACAACACUCAGGCGGAGAGUGCGGAAGGAGGGGCUAUUAGAUUGCCGUUCGAGGACAUGCAGCGCUUUGUGGAUGAGUUGAGACAACAGAUUAUGGGCUUAAGGUUGGCUAAUCAGGGCUAUGGCAGCGAGCAUGGCGGGGGUGAGGAAGAGGGUAUGCAGAGUCCAGAGGUAGAAGAGGAAGCUGAGGCGUUGGACAAGAGUCCACGGUUGCAUAGGAAGAGCUUAAUUGGGGCCAAGGUGCCGCCUAUUGACAUGGCAGGGCCUCUGAGUCCCGCGCUAGAGAGGUCCAAGGGCGAGGUAGAUGCCAAGGACGAGGGCUUCGAAUAG